CGGUUUGGACGACUGAGCAGCUAUGCUACCCCUCUUACUUGGAUGAUCUUUCCACCUUAAGCCACUCCGGUGUCUUGUAAGAUACCGAUCAGCCCAAUCCUCUGCCACACGCUCCAAUCCUUUCCGGCACCCUCGUGCUCCGCAGCCCUCUUCAUUCUUCGCCCUGGGCCGGUGCAUUGAAGUUCUUUAUCAUCUCUUCACCCCUUCCGGCUUCAAUCCCCGUUAUCUGCCCGCAUAUCACUCCUUCCUGCUAAUGGACGUGUUACCAACCAAGAGUUGCACAUUUUAGCCUCGACCAACUCUGACCGUCUUAUGCGUCAACCCUGACCAUGAUUUCUCAAUUUGAAGCAGGCAUCCAGCUCCGAGAGGCAACACCGCGAGCCUUCUCACCGGACCCAGACACUCCCCGCGGCCGCAAGAGACACCGCAGCCUGACGAGAUGUGACUUGGAAGCCAUUCACUACGGUGGUACUGGGGAAUCCAGCACGCUACGGGGACGGCCCCGCCGACGAUCGACUUCGCCAGUGGCACUGUCGUCGAGAGCUUCUUCACGAGCCAUUCCGGACACCUCCGUAUCUCCUAUGAGGAAGCGUCUCCUCCGCAUCGUCAUCCUCGAUCGGCGACGGAAUCAGAGUCCCUCCCGGUCCCGAUCACCCAAUCACCAACAGGCCCCACCCCGACGCCGACAUCGAACGCGGAGCCGUAGCCGGACCCAUACCAAGGAGAUGUAUCAAGCGAAAGAACAGUUGCCUCGGCCCCGGAAAGAAAAGCUAUAUGUGAUAGCAGACAAGGCAUCCCACGACUGAUUAAACAC